AUGAGCAACGACACGGUCGGCUCCCUUCUGGCUGACAUCGCGAACUCCAUCAUCGACAGCCUACGUGUGCUGCAAUGCGCCGACAAGUCCCAAUGGGGCCCCGAUGAGCACGAGCAGCGUCGCCGCCUCGAGCACGCGCUCGAUGAGGCCAAGAAGGACUACCAGGAGCUAUCCGUGCUUGUCAAUGGCCAGCGCUAUUAUCAGUAUGAUCGCAAGCCCGAUUCUUUGAAUGAGCUGCGCACCCUCAAGACCAAUUUCCAAUUUCACACCACAAAUUUCCGCGACUGGGCUCGGCAAGGCGGCCCCAUUAAUCCCAUAUGGGCUCGCGACACUCUUGACCUCCGCCGCCAACUUCAUCGCGCCCAAUGUCGCGCCGCUCGUCGCAUCUUCGCUACGAAGCAGGAAGCUUCCUCGAGCCGCUGUCUCGGUGCGUUUCUCGUCUACCGCAAGCAGCGUGCAUGGACCCUGCGUGACCGCAAAAAGGCUGCCGAAGCAUCCAAGGCCGCCGCCGGCGCGGUGACGCCCGGUCAAGAACCACAACAACCCUCCACGCCUCGCACGCCGACCCAACCGCACAGACAUCGUCGCCAGGGCUCGACACUCGUCCCUAAUGAUGACCGCAUCGCCGAUUCGGCUGCUGACGACAGCUUUGAGGACCACCGCCGACACCUCGAGGAGCUGGCCGUCUGCAACGCUGUUGGCAGUUUUGAGCGCUUUGGCGAUCGCGAUAUUGCCUUUGUGUGCGACUUUUGUGAUGGCCAUAUUGUUUGGGAGGAUCUAGAGGGAAUGCCAUCGCUGCGCACCGUGGACGAGGAGCUUGUAGCGGCUGCCGCCGUAGAAACACCAGACGUGGCUGAUGCGCCGCCAGGCCCGAGGAUAGCGCGGCCCUUCCCCCAAGAGACGCCACCGGGCAUAGUGCACUGGCAGGCGACGGGGUUCACGCAGGGUGACUGGGUUGCGCAACUACGAUGUCCGGCGUGUGAUGAGCCGCCAGCCGACUACACACCACCCGAAGGCGAGGAAGAGGACGAAGGCGGCGGGUGGCAUGCCGACGCUGACUUGGUGCUGGACGAUCUUGGGGCGCUGGAGGAGCAUCUGGCAUGGCAGCACACGGCUUUGGGUCUGCCAAGCGUCUCGGUGCCGUCAGCGCCCGCAAGUUGUGUGUUAAUGUGA